AUGCCCCGCGGCUUCCUGGUGAAGCGCAGCAAGAAGUCCACGCCCGUGUCCUACCGGGUCCGCGGCGGCGAGGACGGUGACCGCGCGCUGCUGCUCUCGCCUGGCUGCGGGGGCGCCCGCGCGUCGCCCCCUGCGCCGAGCCCGGGGCCGGGACCGCUGCUGCCGCCGGCCGAGCGCGCCCAUGCGGCGCUUGCUGCCGCGCUCGCUUGCGCGCCGGGCCCGCCGCCGCCCCCCUCGGGCCCGCGGGCCGCGCACUUCGGCAACCCAGAGGCCGCGCACCCGGCGCCGCUCUACAGCCCCACGCGGCCCGUGAGCCGCGAGCACGAGAAGCACAAGUACUUCGAGCGCAGUUUUAACCUCGGGUCGCCGGUCUCGGCCGAGUCCUUCCCUACGCCCGCCGCUCUGCUCGGAGGCGGCGGAGGCAGCGCGAACGGCACCGGCGGCGGCGGCGGCACCUGCGGCGGUGACCCACUGCUCUUCGCGCCAGCCGAGCUCAAGAUGGGCACGGCGUUCUCCGCGGGCGCUGAGGCGGCCCGCGGCCCAGGGCCGGGCCCACAGCUGCCUCCCGCCGCCUCCCUGCGGCCCCCGGGCAAACGGCCCGCGCCCCCCGCCGCCGCCGCCGCCGCCGCCGAGCCGCCUGCCAAGGUAGCCAAGGCCUCGGGCGCAAAGAAGCCCAAAGCCAUCCGCAAGCUGCACUUCGAGGACGAGGUGACCACGUCGCCUGUGCUGGGGCUCAAGAUCAAGGAGGGCCCAGUGGAGGCGCCGCGGGGCCGGGCUGGGGGCGCGGCGCGGCCGUUGGGCGAGUUCAUCUGCCAGCUCUGCAAGGAGGAGUACGCCGACCCGUUCGCGCUGGCGCAGCACAAGUGCUCGCGCAUCGUGCGCGUGGAGUACCGCUGCCCCGAGUGCGCCAAGGUCUUCAGCUGCCCCGCCAACCUGGCCUCGCACCGCCGCUGGCACAAACCGCGGCCUGCGCCCGCCGCCGCCCGCGCGUCCGAGCCUGAAACCGCUGCCAGGGCUGAGGCACGGGAGGCGACAGGCGGCGGCAGCGACCGCGACACGCCGAGCCCUGGCGGCGUGUCGGAGUCGGGCUCCGAGGACGGGCUCUACGAGUGCCAUCACUGCGCCAAGAAGUUCCGCCGCCAGGCCUAUCUGCGCAAGCACCUGCUGGCGCACCACCAGGCGCUGCAGGCCAAGGGCGCACCGCCCGCGCCUCCGGCCGAGGACCUACUGGCCUUGUAUCCCGGCCCCGACGAGAAGGCGCCCCAGGAGGUGGCCGGCGACGGCGAGGCGGCCGGAGUGCUGGGCCUGAGUGCGUCCGCCGAGUGCCACCUGUGCCCAGUGUGCGGGGAGACGUUCCCCAGCAAGGGCGCCCAGGAGCGCCACCUGCGCCUGCUGCACGCCGCGCAGGUGUUCCCCUGCAAGUACUGCCCGGCCACCUUCUACAGUUCGCCGGGGCUUACGCGGCACAUCAACAAGUGCCACCCGUCCGAGAACAGACAGGUGAUCCUCCUGCAGGUGCCCGUGCGUCCGGCCUGCUAG